AUGGCUACCCCGCAAGCCAGCGGGUCGACCGCCCAAGAAGAACCCCUAUCCACGAGCCCUCCUUAUCCCUCCCCCGCAGAAACACACCCCGCAGGGAGCGCUGGCCCCAUGUCUUCAAAUACCCAACGAGUGCCCUCUCUUCGAACCGUCUCUGACCCCUUAAACCUCGCCCCCAUGAGCACUUCUUCAACGCCUCUUGGGGUGUUACAAAACGCCCGCAGACCGAUGCCGCCUGCCCCUUCUGUUUCCGGCGGCAACCUACCACCAAGCAUGGAGGCGAGAAUGAAGGCAUUUCAUCUGUCGAGGCAAGGCGCACCUCCGGGCCGCCCACAGAUACCCACAACUGUAUCCACAGGCUCUACACCAACUGCCUCAGACUUUGCGUCCCCAAUGGGUGGCGCUAUAGGAGGUCUACCAGCCAAUUUGCAAUUGCCUACGAAUAUUCGCCCAGUUGCCCAUAACUUCGCCUCGGCUCCGGCAGUUCCGAAAAUGCCCGCAAAGGGUUUGAGUGCGCGCAGAGGCAUGAAGUUGCCAGGAGGGUUACCCGGUAGCAGUCCAGUGAAUGGCACACCGGAUGGUGCCAAUGGCAAUACCCCACAAGAUUCGCAAUCAGGAUCGAUGUUCAGCAAAUUCUCGAACUUCGUUGAUACGAAGGCCGGCACCUUGAAGUUUGCUGGCAAGGCUACGAUCCAUGGGUCAGGAAUCGAUUUCGCGAGUGGCAAUAGCUUUAGCAUAUCCUUGGAUGAGGUUGAUACGUUGGAAGAAUUAGGAAAGGGCAAUUAUGGCACUGUUUAUAAAGUUCGACAUUCACGACCACGGAAUCGCAGACCAGGCUUAGGUCUCGCGGGGAUUGCAACGCGAUUUCCUUCAUCCUUACCAGACACCCCGUCCGCCGAGAAGGAAGACAAGAUAGAUUUACCAGCAACAGGCAAUACAUCAGGUAUUAUUAUGGCUAUGAAGGAGCUACGUUUGGAGCUUGACGAAGCAAAGUUCGCUGCUAUCAUCAUGGAACUUGAUAUCUUGCACCGAUGCUUAAGUCCUUACAUUAUCGACUUCUAUGGUGCCUUCUUUCAAGAAGGGGCUGUUUACAUAUGCAUCGAGUAUAUGGAUGGUGGAUCGAUCGACAAGCUCUAUGCUGACGGCAUGCCGGAGAACGUUUUGCGAAAAGUCACAUACGCUACUACGCAAGGCCUGAAAACAUUAAAGGAUGACCAUAAUAUUAUUCACAGAGAUGUUAAACCUACGAAUAUCCUGGUCAACACCCGUGGACAAGUCAAGAUCUGCGAUUUUGGCGUGUCUGGAAACUUGGUUGCGAGUAUUGCCAAGACGAACAUUGGGUGUCAGUCAUACAUGGCACCUGAGCGUAUUUCUGGUGGCGGCAUGUCACAGGCGGGGGCAAAUUCAGGUGGUGGAACAUACAGCGUGCAAUCUGAUAUCUGGUCUCUGGGUUUGAGCAUUAUCGAAUGCGCGAUGGGCAGAUAUCCAUAUCCUCCAGAGACAUACAACAACAUCUUCUCUCAGCUAAGCGCCAUUGUCGAUGGCGAACCUCCAGAUCUCCCAGCAGAAGGCUACUCCGACCUAGCCCGUGACUUUGUACGUGGCUGUCUCAACAAAAUCCCCAAGGCUCGACCAUCCUACGGCAUGCUUCUCCAACACGCCUGGCUUGCCGGACUCUCAAAACCCCCUACCAUAACUGAAGCCGAUGAAGAAGAAGCCGAAGCCGGCGGUAACGCUGCAGGUGCAUCAAACGUUGGCCACAGUGGGACGGAAGACGAAGAAGUUGCGGCGUGGGUGAAGAACGCGUUGGAUCGGAAGAAAAAGGGGCUGUUGGGCGAGGCUGUCAAGCCUGCGCUUCACGCGGCGCCGCUGAAUAGUGUUAGUCCUGCAGAUAGUUCUGCUUAG